AUGGAACGCCGCACCAUCAGCGCCGAAGCUCUCGACAAGCUGAGAGUCGUUGCAGAUUGGUUUCAACAACCAGGCAUAAAAGUCAAAACUAUCUCUGCAAAUAUGUCCAAAUGCAUUGAUCCUGCUCGGUCUUCCAAGAUCGCGCCCUUACUUGUGGAGCUAGGCCACAGGGAUAAGGGUCACUCUCUUUGGCGACUUUCUGGAAAAUCAGUAUUUUACAAAGACCCCGGCUUCGAUAAUCUAUUCUACCCCUUCGCGCCCGUUGAAGUUGAUGGCACAAAGCUCGAGCCGGGAGAUUUCCUACGAUUCGUGGAGGACAAGCCUUUGACUGCGGAAUUAGAUUGUCUUAUUAUAUGUGUCCCCGAGAUUGACAAGGAGAGUUGA